AUGGACCCUCCGAGGACAAGGAGAAGAAAUUGGAUAUUCUUUACUUGUUUGCAGAGAAAGAGAGAGAGAGAGAGAGAGAUAGAGAUGGGUGGAACUCAUUUGAUGAAGAGAAUUCCUAGAAUAAAAUUCCCACAAAGACACCCAAAACCCUCAACCUCAGUUGCAGCAAAAGAUGGGGAAGUACAUCAAUUUUUCAUUUCAAAGUCAGAUGUCCCAGCAGCACCCACCAACACUGCUGUUGGAGGGAAAGCUUCUCUUCAGCCAAAGCGCACACCAGUUUCGGAGAGGGAGAUAGAGGCUAUUCUGUUGGGUGGCUGCUUCUGAUUAUUCAACUUAAAGACCCGCGGGGGAGUCGUAGGCUAUCCUACAUUCGACUGUUUCAACAUUUGGUCUGUUAUUUCUUUCUACUCUCUGUUAUAUGAAACUGCUGCUUCAAUGAAGUAUUGUAUUUCAACAAUGUGUUUAUUGAUUAAGCCUGACGUUUCACA